AUGCAAUAUUAUUAUAGUCAAUUAUUUAUAUUAUUUUUAUGUAUGAUGAUUAUUAUUAAUGAUGGUACCAAUGGACUUAAAAUACGACUACCAUCUUUACGAAUAACUUCGACAUUUAGUAAAACAGGUGAAUCUAUUAAGAAGAAAGUUCCAAUGAAUAAUAAUAGAAUUGAUCAUCCUGCUAAAAAAAUACCAUUAAAAGUUCCUGAUAUUGGAAAGAAAGAUGACUUUUAA